GGUCGGCCCCGCCCCCUCCCGCCGGGGUUGCGGGUUCGGAUCCGGCGGAAGCCGCGAGCAUGGCCGAGGCUGCUCCGGUCGCUGCCUUCGGGGCCUCGCUAUGGGGCAGGGGCAGCCUCGCUAUGGGGCAGGAUGUGGGGCAGGGUCCCCUGCGCUGCCUGGGCCGGGAGCUGCUGGGAUCUGUGGGGCGGAGGCUGCGGAGGCUGCGGGCUCACCCCGCAGGCCUCCGGACGUGGCUGUUCCUGGGGGGGGCUCUGGGGCUCUGUGAGGCUGUGGGGCUGGACCCAUCCAUGGGGCUGGUGGCAGCUAUAGCAGGGGGGCUGCCCCACAGCUCCCCCCUGCCGGGGGCGGCUCUGGCUCUGCUGCUGUUCACGUCGGGGCUGUGGCUGCUGCUGGGGCUGAUCCUGCGCCUGGGACUGAGGCUCCUGCUGGGGGGAACUGGAACUGCAGUGGGGAGAGCAGGAGACCCCCCCAGGCUGUGGAUGGCUCUGGUGCGGAUGUUCGUGGGGCGCCGGCCCCGGCUGCGGAGCUGCCAGGGGGUCCUGCCCCCCCUGCCCCUGCCCCCCCUGCCCCACACCGUGCACAGGGCUGUCUCCUCGCUUCAGGCUCUGGGCCCAGGGGGGGGCAGGGAUCAGGUUCCUGCUCUCGCCCAAAGCUUCUUGGGGGGCCCCGGACCCCAACUCCAGCGAUGGCUGCGGCUGCGGCAAUGGGCUCUGCCCAGCUACCUCGGUGACCUAUGGGAUGAGCAGGUGCACUUGGGGGGCAGGGACCCCCUCCCUGCCUCCGGCAACUACUACCUCAUGGACCUCCCAGGCCCCCCCCCCACCCCCCUCCAGGCUGCACGUGCAGCCAAUGCUGUGUGUGCCCUACUGAGCUUCCGGAGCCGCGUGAGCAGCGGGACCCUGCCUGCGGUUCUGUUUCGGGGUUCGCUCCCCACGUGCUCAGCUCAGUACGAGCGGCUCUUCAACACCACCCGGGUACCCGGAGAGACAUGUGACCGGCUGCAGCGGGGGGGAGGGGCCGGUCACGUGGCAGCGCUGCGGGGGGGCCGCCUGUUCCUCGUGCCCGUGGGGCGGGGCCUGGCGCCGCGCGCGCUCCAGCGCCGCUUCGAGCGCGUGCUCCGUGCGUCGGGGGGCGGGGCCGGAGCCGGCGUCAUGACGUCAGCGAGGAGGUCAGCCUGGGCUCAGGUCCGAGCUGUGCUGCAGUCAGGAGGUCCCAGCUCAGCUGCUCUCAGGGCUCUGGAGGAGGCUCCGUUCGUGGUGGCUCUGGACCCCCCCCCAGGGCCCCCCCCCAACGGGCACCGGGACCCCCCCUCUGAUGGGGACCUGGAUGCGGAGGCCAAGGAGCUGCUGCUGGGGCCCUGCUACAACCGCUGGUUUGACAAGAGCCUGACCCUGAUCGUGUUCAGCACUGGGCGCAUGGGGCUCAACGUGGAGCACUCCUGGGGGGACCCCCCCGUUGUGGGGCACCUAUGGGAGUACACACUGGCCACUGACCUGGAGCUGGGCUAUGAGGCCAAUGGGGACUGCAGGGAGGGGCCCGAGGAGGAGCCUGGGGUCCCCCCCCCCCAGCACCUGCAAUGGAACAUCCCAGAUGAGUGCCUCCCGGCGCUAGGGGUCGCCCUGGACACGUGGCAGGCGCUGGAAGCUGAUCUCCAGGUGCACGUGGCCACGUUCGUGCCCCCCCCGGAGCUCCCCCCCCCCCCCGAUGGACUCGUCCAGGUGGCGCUGCAGCUGGCGGUGGUCAGGGAGCGCGGCGCGUGCCUGACGUACGAGGCGGUGCCCACGUGGCUGUUCCUGGAGGGGCGCGCGGAGGCUGCGCGAGGCUGUGGGCGCCCCCUGCUGGAGCUGGCGGCAGCCAUGGAACAGACCAACGCCUCGCGCUCCCUCCGGCGCCGGCUCCUGCAGGGGGCGCUGCGGGACGUGCUGGCGCGCAUGCGCGCGGCCGCGGCGGGGGCGGGGCUGGACCGGCACCUGCACGCGCUGGCGGCCGUGGCGCGCCAGAUGAGGCUCCACCCCCCGCUGCUGGAGGAGGUGCUCAGCCAACCGUGGGCUCUGGCUUAUAGCCCCGCCCCCAGGGCGGAGCCGCCGCUCUUGCCACGCCCACUGUGCCCCGGAGGGGCGGGGUUUGCACCGCCCCAUCCCGAUGCCUACGGGGUCUCCUACGCCCAGGGCAGGGGCGGCUCCAUCCUCUUCCAUGUGUCCUGUAGAGCCUCCAGCCCCAUAACAGAUGCUCGACGCUUUGCUGCCCAGAUCAAGGCUGCACUGGGAGAACUGGGGGAGCUACUGGGGGGGGGCACUGAGGAGUGAGGGGGGAACCCCCAUAAUAAAGAGAUGGGGACCCCCCCCAGUUCC